ACCCCCCCAGAGAAUGGUGCAUAACUGCUGAAAACCCCCUGUUAGCGUUAUCGGUAAUGAACGCGGUGCGAUUUAGCAUUACGGUUCAUAGCCAUCGUUCAUUUAGUUUAAACGUCAACUCCUUUAUUUCCGAACAGGUGAAGUAUGCAGUCCUGGAUGUCUGCUCUAAUAUCUGUCCUAAUGCUAAGUACAGUCAGUGCUUUGUCCCUCAAAGGUUUCUACGUUCCACCCCUUAAUUACUGCUACACAGAAGACUCCUGUAGUCCAUAUAACUGGGUGAAAAUGUUUCCUACCUGCAUCGCCAAAGAAUCGGGGCUACACUCUCCCAUCAACCUGCAACGUGUUGUUAUUAAGAACAACUCCAUCGAUCCUCUGGAGCUGCAAGGCUUCGAUGUGCCUCAGAAGUCUUGGACUGUAGUCAAUGUCCGGGACACUGUUGUUGUGAAGUUUCAAGCAGGCAUGACUGUAAAAGGUGGCAGCAUAAAGCAUAAUUACCGAAUCGUAGAGAUGAGAUUCCACUGGGGUUCGAAUACGACCAACGGAUCAGAGCAUAAACUCGAUGCUCGCAGGUUCCCUAUGGAGAUGCAGAUUGUGGGUGUGGCUCCUGGAUUCGCUGACGUGGAAGCUGCUUCUGUUGUGCAGUCAGGCCUGCUUAUAAUGGGGGUCUUCAUUGAUAUUGCCUCUGAGGAGAAUCAAGCUUUUAAAGCCAUAGCCCAUGCGGUGCUCAACGUCCCAUACCCAGGGGAUUCAGUAAGUGCGAGUCCUCCGGCAUUGUCGCACCUCCUUCCUGAGGAUGGUACAUUCUAUCAGUAUCACGGAGGCCAGACGACUCCGCCCUGCCGCCAGACGGUGACUUGGAUUGUGUUUGAGAAGCCCAUCUUCAUCUCCAGAAAGCAGCAUUUGCCGUUCAUCACACAACUGUAUUACUCAGAUGAAAACGACACUGUGAAGAAGUUGCUGGUGGGUAACUAUCGUUUCAUCCAGCCCAGCUUGAACCGCCAAAUCUUUGUUUCUUCUGCUGUGAAGAUCCGCUCGGCGAGCGGAGCCGCUCUGAGCCAGCGCACGCUCUUCAUCCCCCUCCUCAUCCUCGCCAGCGAGCUGUCUCACACGAUGCUUUAAACCAGGCGUGUUUGAUCUCAUGCAGAAUUAAUUGGAAUGAAAUCCUGCACCCACGCCAGCACUUUUGCAGAUUGGAAGCAAUAGCUUCAAUGUAGCGUUUAUCAUAAUAUAAUAAAAGUAUUAACGCUAAAACGAAGGAUUUCUUUUACUAAGUGCUAUGGCCUCAUGGGAGUCAUAUGAUUCCGUAUUAACUUAGAGAAAAUAACCCAAGCCUUAGAAUUCUACACAUGUGCAAUGAAUGUAUCUCUUUAAAAAAAAAUAUAUUGUUCUGUGCAAUGUUUGAUUGUUCUAUCGACUGCUGCUAGUUAACGAUGUUAAAUGUUAACGAUGUUCAGAUAAUUUCAGUUAGUUUGUGUUUCUGUUUUUGACUACCUCAGGAACAUCGUUAUUAGUGUUAAAUGAUGCACAGUACAGAAAAGUGCAUGUUUUUUUUUUUUUUUUUUGUAAAUUAAUGUUAUUUAUGGCAAGCAGGUACAAAAAUAUAAAGAAGAGAAAGCAUAAGCUGAAUGAAGCAUGUAUAAAUGCGCCUCAGAUGUCACAAUUUCCUGUGUUUGAAGACUCUGUUCCAGUGCGUUAGAAGACUUAUAAGAUCAGAACAUAAACGACUUUAUGCUAUAGUUAUGCCUUCAGACAGAGGUCUUGGUUGUUGUAUUGCAUUGAGAUUGUUCUGUGAGUUGUAGGAAAUUUGAGUUAAUACCCUUGAAGCUCUGUUUGCACCCUGAAUAAAGACUGGGCAUUAGUCAAUA